GUUAACAUUGUCUGUGUUAUUGUCCCAAAUGUUCAGUUCUGUCAACUAUGGUUGGUCUAACUCGUAUUGCCAGUGAACUCAUUCCACAAAAAUGCUCCCUUUGAGGGGAAAAAAAAUGGCUGUUUUGUGUGACGCUUUAAUUACCUGUACAAACUGACAUUGGCGUGAUGCCAAAGAGACUUGCCCGACGCCCCAUUUUGAGCUGCUAAAAGCUGUAGUGUCUAUGAAGUUGUGAAGCAGCGAACCAUACGCGUGUCACCUCAAAAAGCGUCAGCCAUCUUGUGGGUGAAAAUGGAACCGGUGUCGUGCUGUCUGUUUGCAUCUGUGUUUUUCAUGUUGCAGACCCCGUGGAUAUUGAAGGCUAGCCGAUUAGGCGCAGCCACGAUGGAGGCAAAUCAUUUAAUGGCGCUGCGGUCAAUCUGACGCUGGUCACCCCGGAGAAGGCCAUCAAGCUCGCCGCCAACGACUUGUUCCGUCACCACCUCAGCAAAGACGGGAAGGGACUGACGGUGUUUAAGGAAAUGCUGGCAGGGUGUGGGGCGGGCAUGUGUCAGGUCGUCAUCACCACUCCCAUGGAGAUGCUGAAGAUCCAGCUCCAGGAUGCUGGGAGGCUCGCGGCCCAGCAGAGGAAGCCGGUCGUCAUGGCGGCCACCAAGCUGGGCUCGGCCAACACGGUGCUGAGCCGCUCCUACAACGCCGGCGCCGCCCCUGUGGUCAGGAGGGUGUCUGCGUUGCAGAUCGCCGGGGAGCUGCUGCACACGCAGGGGAUCCAGGGCCUCUACAGGGGCCUGGGGGCCACACUCAUGAGGGACGUCCCCUUCUCGGUGGUCUACUUCCCGCUGUUCGCCCACCUGAACCGGCUGGGCCAGCCCUCCCCCUCGGAGAACGCCCCCUUCUACUGGUCCUUCCUCUCGGGGUGUGCGGCGGGGUCCACGGCCGCCGUGGCGGUAAACCCCUGCGACGUUGUGAAGACGAGGCUGCAGUCCUUGAGCAAAGGAGUGAACGAGGAGAGCUACAACGGAGUGGUGGACUGCGUCAGUAAGAUCAUGCGGAAGGAGGGCCCGUCGGCUUUCCUGAAGGGCGCCGGCUGCAGGGCGCUGGUCAUCGCCCCCCUCUUCGGCAUCGCCCAGGUCAUGUACCUCGUGGGCGUGGGGGAGUUCGUCCUGGGCUCCAGCCCCUUCAACCUCUACUCCGCGUAAUUUACCUCAGGCUCCGCCCCCGAGCCCGAACGGGACCGGCGGGAGGAGGAAAGCCCAGGACCGCGGCAGCUACAGAUCGCCCGCGUGCGUCCUGCCCAAAAUAACGGGGUGCGGUGACCCGGGGGCGGGGGUGUGAGGUGACCCAGGGGGCGCAAGGCGUUAAUCUCCAAAACGCCUCGGUGCUCCUCUCAGAGCGUCCCAGCGUGGUCGUUUUACACUAAAUGUACACCCCGCCCCCACCCCCCGCCUUCUACACGCUUCACCGGGUUAUCUCACAGUUGCACUUGUCAAACGUGGUUGUGGAGGUGCGCGGAGACGAUGGUUUCCGUCUGCCGAAAAAGCUCCUCCGAAGUUUUCCCCUCAGUGAGGGAGGGCAGUCGCUGGCCUCGCUGAACAGGAGGCGCUGGGCCCUGCUUACAUUCCGAACCGGUCUCAGGCUCCCGCCCCUCUGGGCUCGGAGUGGGCCCCGUCCACACCGACCCCGGCCCUGCAGCUAAAGGGAGCGAGGUUUGGAAUUAAACCCUGUUCUCACCCUCCGGUUUAUUAUUAUUAAUAUUAAUAAUGUUUUAAAAUCAACAUUGUGGAGGUGAGGAGUGAUUCACACUGAAAAUACUACUGCCUCCUUUGAAAGGAUGAUAGGACUGUUCGACCUUUUAGGCAAAACACCAGUUUUAAACCUUAUCAUUUCAAAUGCAACUGCGACUGCUAUGAGACUUGAGUAGUUAGGCUGAAACGAUACUCUUACAGUAGCCAUAGGGCUAACCAAAGUUAAAUGGUUGCUUUAAAAACAAAUGGAUGAAAGAAUUAAGUUGAAUACUGUUACUCCUCUGUGAUUUCAUUCCUGGGAGAAAGUGUCAUUGUGCCCAACUUGAACAGAAGUUUAGUAUUUGUUUAAAGUUGUCGGGCAUGGGCCUUGCCACUGUGUUGGUCUGGGAAACGGGGACCAAGCUGAUUUUGGGCAGGGGUGUUGGAGUGUAUGCAGGUUUUUUUUUUUUUUUUUCCCUAAUGUUAAUCAGCAGCCUGUUUGGACCUUGGAAUCUCAGCCCUACAGACUCAUUGACUUCAGUUUGUAGCAUAGCUGCUGGAAUACACCGGAAACCUGCAGACACUGUGGCCUUCUAGGACUGGACUCAAACCUGCAGACACUGCGGUCCUCCAGGACUGGACUCAAACCUGCAGCCCUGCACUUUUGAGACCCCUGGUUUAUGGUAUUGCACUUUUUCUUUUAAAGAUCACAUCCGUUACGUACAGUGCCCAUCUGUUUCACCAGUCUGGUUUGGACCUGCUGAGAGUGUUGUUUGCUUUAUGCAAUAUUUGUUUCAGGGGCCAAAUUUUUGUAAUGCUGUGGAAGUCCAAAUGGUUUUGUGAUAUCACAUUAAAAUGGACAAGAAUAUUUAUUUGAAUAGAUCAAUUGUAGUAGAGCACUGGUGUGCUGGUUGGUUUAACAACCAGUAAGACUUGAAGUUUAUUCAGUGAUUAGGAUCAUAAUGAUUGAGGUUGUUUUUCAAAUAUGCAUUCAUGCAUGGAACACAAGAUGUGGAUGCCCAACCACAUGUAAAAUUUAAAAUUCAGAGAAUUGCUCCUAGAACACAUGACCGUCAUUGCAGUCUAGGGAAGGCAACCCAAGUUCUGGAAAUGGGACAAAGAGAGAAGAUCCAGAAUAAUAUCCAAAAUACCUUUUGGGAGACUGAUUUUACAAUAACUAAAAUAUCAACAAAUUGUGGUCAAAUGAUUAUUAAUGGUAAAUUGUAUUGGAAAGGCAGUUCUGUAGGCUUUCUAGUAUAUUAAAAGCAUUUUUUAAAAUAAUUGAAUUAAUCUGGAAUGAUGACGGGUCUUGUGAACCGGUCACAAAAAAAUUUGGAUUAUGUAAAAAAAUUAACCAAGUGUGUGUUUUUUUUUUUUCAUCUCUGUUCGUCUUUUUCUUUUUGUAUAUAUUUAUAUGUAUAAACAAACUAUACUGAAUAAAGUUCAAUCCUGGUUUACUAGCCGAA